CGUCCAUCCGGAGUGGCACGCUCGUACCAUUCCCAUCCUCGACUUCACAUUCAGUAUCUACCUGUUGCUCGAACAGUAAAGUCUAUACGUUCUCAGUGUUUACCUGUUUAUACACACAACAGUUAAGAAUUACGCGUGUGUGUGUGUGCGCGUCGUGGGUUUCUCUUAAGAAAAUCUUUCUCUUAUUUCUUUUUAUUUUUUUUUUUUUUUUUACAUAAAUGCACGUAUUAUAUUCUCGUACGUUUGUUUUCUAAUUUGUAUCUCGUAUCUAUUGAAAAAAAAGAAAAAAAAAAAAGAAAAAAAAAUGAUAAAUAAACGUGUUAGAUUAAAAAUGAAAAAAAGAAAAGAUAAAUCUUAAGAAAAAAUUAAUCUAAUUCGACAUUGCGUUGACAAAUAUCAUCUACAAAUUGUACAAACCUUGUGAUUUUGAAAAGACAUAUGUACUUUCAAUAUGUAUUCCUAUUUCCGUUGGUGCUUUUUAAUCGUUCGUGAUCGUGAUCAAUGUGUCGCACGUGAAAAUUAAAUUAAAUGUUCAAUUAUUCGGAAAGAAGAGAUCAAAAUUGUCCGCGUCUUUUUGGAUCGAUCAGAAGAAUCGGCCAAAAGAUUAGAAGCACGAGUACGGACCUGGUGCCACAAUUAUUGGGCAUGUUCGACGAGCUUGCACGUCGUGGCAACGGUUACGAUCACGAUCACGUAGUCCUCUCAGCAUCGUGUAAUAUACCAGCGGCUUUGCAGAAACGAUUGAGCUUGGUACCACACUCCCAACGAGGUUCCAUAUUCGGUCAGCUUUGUGGCGAGGCAACUAAGAAAGGUAGUAGCGGUGGUAGUGGUACUGGUAGUAGUGGUAGCAGUAAUAGUAAUAGUCAUCGAGAAAAGAGUGACGAGAUGUGUGAGAGAACGGAAGAAACGGAUACAACAAGUACGGUAGUAGACGUUGUGGUCACUCAGCAUCGAGUAGACAACAACAACGAAGAUGACGACGAAGAGGAGGAUGAGGAGGUCAAGGUGGACAAAGAAAAAGAUGGAAGUAGAUUGUCGAUCAACGUUCUCGAGCAAGACGAUAAGAAGAAUUCAUAUGUACAAGAAACAAACGCCAAUGCCAAUGGACUUAAUCAACUUAGGUACAAAAGAAGAUGCAGAAGUGGAAGACCAUUAUCUGGUAGUUCAAUAGCCUCUAGUACAUCAUCCAGUGGUUGUAGCAAUCAGGGAAACACAUGUGCAACUAAUCCAUACUUGGCUUCAGUCGAAUCUUUAGCUGACACUUGUGCCAGUUCUCAAGGCUCAGGUGAUAGCGGAGUUGUUACGGUAUCCGAAGCUAGCUGUCGUAUUGGUAAUGGUACCAAUGGUCAAAGAAGAGACAGCACAGAAGGAAAUACGCCCUGUCAUCGUCCACGUUAUUGCGAUCCUCAUCGUAAUCCUGUGGAAAGAGUACUUCUUGAAAUCAUUGAUACCGAAGCAAUAUAUGUCGAACACUUGCGACAAGUCAUACAGGGCUAUCUCAUCUUUUGGCGAGACAAUCCCACGUCUUUUGUACAUCAAUUACAACUGAGUGAUUUAUUCAGCAACAUCGAAGAUAUUUUCGAAUUCAACAGAGAAUUUCUCAAAGAAAUCGAAAAAUGUUCUUUUGAUCCGGUUCGUCUCGCGAACACUUUCAUCAAGCACAAUUCAGGAUUUAAAGUCUAUACCGAAUAUUGUACAAAUUAUCCCAGAACUGUCUCUGUGUUAACCGACUUGAUGGGACAAGAGGAGACAGCCAAAGCUUUUAGAGAAAGACAGGCAGCUUUAGAUCACGCUUUACCUCUGGGAUCAUUUUUGUUGAAGCCUGUUCAAAGGAUUCUCAAGUAUCACCUGCUGCUAGAGAAUUUAUCGAAAGAGUAUGGAGCAGGUUGUGACGCUCGAGAAAACGAAGCUGAAGGAAGAAAUGCGAUCGAGGGUGCACUAGCAGCGAUGACUGGAAUAGCAAAACACAUUAAUGCGAUGAAGAGAAGACACGAACACGCUGUAAGAGUUCAAGAAAUUCAAUCACUUCUUUAUGGAUGGCCAGGACCCGAUUUAACUACCAGUGGUGAACUUAUCGCCGAAGGUCGCUUCAGAAUGAGAGGAGCCAAAGCACCGAGACAUGCAUUUCUCUUUGACAGGAUGUUACUUCUGACGAAGAAGAAGGAGGAUGGUUUAUUGGUCUACAAAGCUCAUAUCAUGUGUUCCAACUUGAUGUUGAUCGAGAGCAUCCCAGGAGAACCAUUAAGUUUCCAUGUGAUACCCUUUGACAAUCCAAGGUUGCAAUACACAUUGCAGGCACGCAACCUGGAACAAAAAAGGGAGUGGACAUUGCAAAUAAAAAGGGUAAUCCUUGAGAAUUACAAUGCUGUUAUACCUUCUCACGCCAGGCAGCUGUUUCUACAACUUGGUCAGACUCAACACGAAGACGAUUCUCCGACCGACAAAAGCUCGGCGAAAAAAUUGUACUCGGCUCCACCGGAAUAUUUAGAAAAACGUAAGCAAGAAAGAGAAAGAAGAAGAUCAGAAACUGGUAUCAGACAUAAGUUCAAAAAGGGUACAAGAAAACCUGAGUCACCUGCUAUCACUACUGAGGAUUCGCCAGCAUCUUUACGGAAAAAUCCUAGUCACGAGACUGAAGUUAACGACUCGAGAGAUCAAAAUCUUAACAGGUGUUCCGAUGGACGCACUCUCAAAGUUAAGGAUCGUUUUACUGGAUGGCGAAGAAAAUCAGAGCCAGGAUUUCAAUCUUACGUUUGCCUGAAUCAAUCGGACGAAGAUCAAAAAGAGGACAUGGUUGAUAUAGGAACAACUCAGGUAGAAUCUGAUCGUACGAUCAAUGCUUCUAGCAACGAGGAAAGCAAACCAACGAAUUCUCAACAAGUUGAAACCAAAGAGAACAAUGAACAACAGACUGCAACGACGCCAGUGGCCCAAACAGUUGAAGAAAUAGUUGGUCAUAUUCUAAUGCAGAAUCAAGAGUUCCAAAAGUUGUUAGAAAAGCAGAGAACUAGUAGCAGCAUAAACGUUAGACAACAGCAAAGAUUUAUCAAAAGAAUUUCAGCUGACUCUUCGGACGAAAGCGAUUGUGAGAAUGCAAAUUACGUUGGCGGAACAUCGAACAAUCGCGUACGUUCAUCUCAUCGCGAAAGCCAAAGAUUGGUAAGAACAAACAACGCAUGGAAUACGUUUUCUUCGUCCAGUGCACGUGACACGCCUCAACCAGCUCUCAGGUUACUCUAUGAUAACCUCAAAUCUUCGGAUAGUAAAACUGGUGUACAUGAAACGAGUAGUACAAAGAACAACGUAAAUAGAGUACACGAGAAGAGGGCUCUUUUCGAAGCUUUUAAAAGACAAAGUAUCGUGACUGAAAGUAAAAUCAUAAAGACUGCUCUGAGAAUUCGAGAGAACUCAACAUCUACAAACGACGAUCCGAAUGAAACUCCUCCUGUAUUAAGUAACGAUCAGAAUUAUUCGGAAAAGGCUAACGAAGUUCAAGUAUGUUCAGAAGAAAAAGAUAAAACUGAUGAUAAUCAACAGGAGAACGUCAAAGAAACUGACGAAUCCAAAGGUUUCGGUAACUACGAUAAUCUUCAACAUGUUUGGGAAGGUCUUCAAGAGGAACAAGAUGUUAAUGGAAGUGACAGUCCAACCAGGCCGGCUAUUUGGUUGACCAAACUCUGUGAAGGUUUACCAACUUCUCCGCAAAAGUGUGGAUCGUUGCCUCGUAGUUUUCAGAUCAAUCCAAAUUCUCCUCAACCUAGCGUAACCAAAUCUCGAUUUCUUCAAAGGGAUGGAAAACCAAUGACCGAAAGACCUUUCACGAUAGCCUCGGACAAACCUGCUGAGAUCAAUCUCGAAGACAUGGAAAGAUAUGCUUCGAGUUGUCAACCCGAAGGUAGAAUUGCUAAAUUUCCAACAUCUGUUUCAACAUCAACCUCAACAUUUUUCUGUUCGCUCGAUGAUACCUUGAACGACGCUUAUUCUGAAAUUCAUAUGGUUUCACCUACCACCGCUAACAUUCAUCCUGAUCACAAAAUUUAUAGAGCCAAUGGUACUACCAUGUUCAAAAAUGUAUUGUCUAAAGCUGGGAGUCGUUUGCAAGGUCUCAGAAAUACUCUCAGUACUGAAACCCUCGAAUGCAGCGAAGAGAUUGAAAGAACAAAAUACUUCCGUUCAUUGAGUAACGUAAAAUCAAAGAGAAAAGGCAAAUCUAAACAUUCUAGAGAAAGUUCUUCGGACGUUGAGGAACUGGUUGGUUGUGUAUCUGCUGGUGGACCUUCAGAUUAUAGAAUACCAUCGUUGUAUUACAAACAAGGAAGUUCUAGUUUGGGUGCUCGUAUAGCUCAAUCCGAUUAUGCAGACCCUACUGUACUUUUUGCUGAAAACAAACGUAAUGGUCAACAAGCAUCCAACGUUCCCGAAGAAACAACGAAAAAAGAUGACAAUUCGAAAGAAUAUAGAAGGGAUAAAAAAGAAGAAGAAGAAGAGGAAGAAGACGGGGAGGAAUCUUCCAAAAGAGAAACUAAUCGUCGGGAAAGCGAAACUGAUAGUUUCUACGAAAGAUCCUUCGAAAUCAUUGAAAAUUAUGUUGACGUUGAUGUUGACGAAGUUUUUCGGGACAGUGCAAUAUUCAGUGAUGUUGAUGAUGUCCUCCUAAUGCGUUCAGACUUUAGAGAAGCUAGUACAUCAUCAUCUGGUAAUAAACCAAAAGUGGCACCUCCAGUUCCUGCAAAAAAAAGAUCAGAAUAUUCAUUGGUGUCGUCAACGGUGUCAAGUAUUGUUCAAGAUAGUACGAUUGGUAGACCAAACGUAGCACAAAAACCUGAUUACCUAAAAAUCAAGUCAAUGUUCUUGAGAACACAAAAUAAUAAUAGUCCAGAAAGUAAAACUUCAUCCGCUAGGUCGUCCUUCAUAAAAAGGGAUGUUGAACGAAAGUGCAUAAUGAAUGACGAAGCUCAAAAUGAAGGAUCUGAUGAUAUUCCCAGCAAUGAUAACGAUGAUGUAUCUGCUGGACAAAGUCAGGCCGGUUGGGUUAAAAAAAUAGUUUGUCAAUUGCAAGGACACGUUGAGACAUAAUUUAAAUAAUAGCAUAAGAAUAAUCCUUUUUUGUUUGAUUAUGAAUGAAAAAGACUUUAAGUAUAAUUUAAAAAAAAAAAGAAAUCCCUUUUUUUUCUUCUAUCCCCUGUCUUUCAAAAUUCCAAGAGAAAUUCCAAGUAAUCGACGAUCUAGUGUUGUUGUUUUUUUUUUCUUUUUUUUAUUUCAAUGAAAUUUUAUCUCAAUUAAUUCCUGUUCUUUUAUUAUAGCUAGAAAAAUCGUUCGAUUCGUUUGAAAUUUCAAGAAUUGAUCUCUAUUAACGUACGAAUGACGAAGCAUUUCGUGCUUAAUUAUAUAAUUAUUGUUUAAUUUUAUUUUAUAUGUAUUAUUGAGAACGAAAACAAGUACUGCCUUAUUUUUUACUUACUUCGUGUAAAAAGUACAAUCAUUAAUUUAACAAGAGAUAUUAAAA